AUGGAAAAAUAUCGAAUACUUGGGAAAAAAGGAGAAGGAACAUUUUCUGAAGUAUUAAAAUGUCAAAAUGUGCGCGAUGGAACAUUUUGGGCGUGUAAAAAAAUGAAACAAUUGUAUAAAAGUAUGGAAGAAAUUCAGCAAGUUCGAGAAAUUCGAGUAUUAAAACAGCUCAAUGGACAUCCGAAUAUCAUUUUUUUACGUGAAAUUAUAUUUGACAAAAGAUCUGGAUGUUUAUGCCUUAUUUUUGAACUAAUGACUAUGAAUCUUUACGAAUAUAUUAGAGGACGUCAGAGAUCACUAUCCAAUGAAACGGUGUGUAAAUUUAUGUACCAACUUCUAAAAGCUCUUGAAUAUAUGCACAAACAUGGAUUUUUUCAUCGUGAUGUUAAACCAGAAAAUAUUUUAAUUAAAGAAGAAACACUGAAAUUAGCAGAUUUUGGUUCUUGUCGGCAAAUUGGAUCAAAGCAACCAUUCACAGAGUACAUCUCGACAAGAUGGUAUAGAGCGCCUGAAUGUCUAUUAACAGAUGGAUAUUAUCAAAAUCCAAUGGAUAUUUGGAGUUGUGGAUGUGUAAUGUUUGAAAUUAUAACGUUGAGACCACUCUUUCCGGGUUCUAACGAGAUAGAUCAAAUAAAUAAAAUUCAUGAAGUACUCGGUACACCAUCACAUCCUGUUUUGGAAAAGUUUCAACAUCGAAAUACAGCAGUUGAUUUUAAUUUUCCCUGGCGUCGUGGUCUGGGUAUUGCUCGACAUCUAACCCAUUGUUCUUCCGAUACAAUAGAUUUAAUUAAUCAAUUAUGCACAUAUGAUCCUGAUAAUAGAAUAUCGGCUACAUAUGCACUACGCAAUUCUUAUUUCGAUUCAAUCAGAGGUCUAGAAGAACGAGAACAAAAUGGAAAGAAUCAUCCAUGGGAACGAAAUAUUCGUGUAACAAAAACAAGCGAAGAUCAUUAUGCAAGGUCUGAUUCCAGUAGUAGUCGAGCGUCUAGUAUUGAAGAAAAUAUUUCUCCACGUUCACAUGUACCCGAAGUAACAACGCAACUACUUAAGCCAGAUUUUUCAAAAUUAAUUCACCCACCAACCAAAGCUCAAUCAUUAAUUGAAACACAUGCACAACAAUCAAGCAUUAAAAAAUCUCCUAUACAUCAUCAAUUCAACGAUAAACAUUCUAAACAUAAACUAACAUACCAUAAUCACAGUCAUCAUCACAAUCAUAGUAAAUACACAAAUGGAAAUUCCUUAUCUCCAACGAACUAUUCUCUAACAAAAAACGGACCAUUACCAUUUUUACCUCGUAUAUCGGGUGCAUCAGCAUUUUCAAAUUAUUCAACAAAUACUGGAAAUUCAUCAUCUGUCGUAUCUAAGACAAAUUAUCGUGGAAAAAAUGUUGUAGGUUACUUUCCAAUUAUGUCCUAUCGUUAUAAAAAGUGA